AUCAAAUAGGCUUCAAUAAUGGUUUUUGAUGCUUCAGUGGCUUCCUCAAUUCCUACUGCUUUUAUCGGCUCAAAUUGCGAAUUUAAAAAACAAGAAAUGUGGCAGCACUUUUCACAACCGGCUAUUAUAACCUCAAAAACGAAAACAUCAACACAAUCACUUUGAAGGAAGAAUUUCCUUUUUGGCAAUAGUCAACUCAUUUGCAAUUUCACAUUCAUUUUAUAAAAAAUGUUUCCAACAAAGCAUGGCUUGAUAUUUCGAAUGCCAGAACAACAUCAACCACCCGAUGACAGCGAACUCGCGGGCAAUACAAACUACCCCAAUUUGAAUUCGCGUGACUACGCAAAGAGACCACUUAAUCGUCAUAUCCGCAUGCAUAAAGCUUGGGAAUGUUUAUCACUGAACACCGAACAACAGGCAGUUAUAGGGACAAAUAAAUUAUCGGGACGUGAGUGGUCAGGAUCAUUAUGGGGAUUUGAAGAUGUUAGCGAUGGAAGCAUGCUGAAACCUUCAAACGCUGCCUACAAACUGCAAUGCCAGUCAUUGAUAUCCUGCCUCGAUUUUGUUACAGAAAAUAUUUUCAUCGUAGCAUUGCGCUCGGGCCGCGUACAAGUAUGGUCUACAAGAUCAGAGGUACGUAAUCCACAAACUCCUUACUGCAUGUUCUUAAUUGGCGAAAAGUGUGAACAUAUGCGUCCAAUUACUUGUUUGGCUACAAAAAUUAAUCUGGAUCAUGCGGUUACCGGUGACAAAAACGGCACAUUAAAAGUCUGGGAUAUGGGUUCUGCGGAUCUGUUUUCUAUACAUACAUUUCGGUAUGCUCAUACAGAUGUAAUAACCGGCGUUGCAACAUCGCAUAGCGAUACUUCAGUUUUUGCCACCUGCUCAUUUGAUCAAAGUGCUUUGCUUUGGGAUGAAAGGCUGACGAGACCAGCGAUAGGAUUGUAUGAGCAUUCCCCCUCGCGCUUCAAGGAUGUAGCUUGGUCAGGUAGUAACGAACACUUAGUGUUUUUGGGAGAUGAGUCGGGUUUUGUUCACACUGUUGAUACGCGGUUGCCCAAAGGCUUUUUGCAGAGUACUAAGAUUUUGAACAGACCAAUUCAUAAAAUAACACCAAAAGGAAAAAAAUUGGCAAUUAUAGGCGAUACAAACGUAAUUAAGGUAGUUGACGAGCAUCAUAAUGUUUCCAUCUACGAAAAUACCGAAUCCGAGAAUUUAGUACGUGAUGCUGUUUGGCGCAGCGAUACAGAUUUACUGACGGUGGGAUAUGAGGGCAAAUUGCGUGUACAUAAGUUACAAAAUCAAGAUUAAAAAAUAGAUUAUAUUUUUUUUUUUUAGUAUUUUAUACCUUUCGGAACACAUAAAGCGAAGGUUUAGUUAAUAUAAAACAAUAAUAAAUACCAAACUCCUUAAUUCACGCUAGCUUACGAAAUUAUUCGAGUGAAAGGCUCUCAUAAAUCUAACACAAAAAUUUUCAUUGAAUCCGAAUAGUGGAAAACAUAUUGAGAUAAAGCUAUAGUUCGAUUUUCUGAUACCUAAAUAUAUUGAAGAAACAUUUUGUAGUUUAAUUAAAAUAUAAAAUAAUAUACGUUUUUCUUAUAUUCGCAUAUCUAAUCUCAUAGUGCACCUACUUAUUUAAAUACUACCCAUUUGAAUACAUUAAUUGCUAUUCCACUUUUCAUGAUAAGAAUAAAUAACACAAAGAUUGCUACCAAUCAGGUUACACAUAUUCCUGGGACAACUACUCAUUUAUAAAAUUUAAAUUUAUAUUUUUAUUCGCCAAAAGUUUUGCUAAGAAUGCUUACCGCGACAUAUUUUAUGAAUAGGCUAAAAUAAUUGCUAAAACCUUCCAAAUAAAAGACCAAUGGAUGUUUUAAUUUAUCGCAAAUUAUUGAAGCAUAAAAUAAAUAAAUACAAAUGUACAAAGAUAAAAUAGUAAAAAAUAAAACGUAUUAAGAUUUUCC